AUGUCACCAACAAACAAAACGAUACCCAGUUUGGAGCAACGCACACAUGGUGCGGAUGUGGGGGCAGACAAAGUUGAUGUGGGCAAGGACGUUGACAUGAACCAGAAAAGGGCGCAAUGGGAGAAAUGGGGUGUCAUCGUCGAACGGGGUCAGCCGAACACCUUGGUCUUGUUCCGACUGCGUGCAAAGACCGCCGCCAUUCGCUCCCCAAGCCCAGGCCGUAUCUGGAAGGCUCUGGCAGAGAAGUUCCUGAAAGGCCGCAACAUCAUCCUUCGCACCGAUGACAAGAUGAAGCUGGAAGAGGGUCAUCCAGCACGUGUUUGCCAUGUCCUCUUGAGUCCGAAGCCUCUCUCUCAUUUGACCUUUCAUGCUGAAAAAAAGAAGAUGCCCUGCGACGAGUUCCCGGCGGCGGCCCACUUAGUGUGUGAUGAGGACCAGCAGUUGACCUCGGAGGCCUUGGAGGCAGCCCGUAUCGCGGUGAACAAGUACAUGGUGACCAACGCGGGCAAGGAUUUCUUCCACAUCCGCAUCCGUCCUCAUCCCUUCAACGUGCUCCGCAUCAACAAGACCUUGUCCUGCGCGGGCGCGGAUCGCCUCUCCAGCGGCAUGCGCGGCGCCUUCGGGAAGCCCUACGGCACCGCCGCGCGCGUGGACAUCGGACAGGUGCUCAUCUCCUUGCGCACCAAAGAAGAGAAGAUCCAAUUUGCUGUGGAGGCGCUCAGGCGUGCGAGUGCCAAGUUCGCAGGUCGGCAGAAGGUACACGUGUCCAACAAGUUCGGCUUCACCAAAUAUACCAAGAAGGAGUACCAUGACUACAAGGCCCAAGGACGUUUGGUCCCUGAUGGCACCAACGUGAGGUGGCUCUCCAGCCGCGGUCCCUUGUGGCGUUUGAUCGGCCGGGAGAACGCGUGA